GUCAAGCGAUGGCAUCAAUUAUUCACUACGUAGGAGAGCUCCCCUCGGCUCGUGAUGAAGGAGUGUGCACAUUUUUUAAACGUCCGGCUUACUUCAACUAAUAAGCAGGAGCCUCCUGUCCAACAGUGCGUCCUGUUCCACGAUGUCUGGGAGGCGACGUGGGCGCUGUUUCUAGUCGCCCUCGUCGCUCUCCUGGUGAUGCUGGCCAUGCGCUACAAACGGAACACUAGAGCACACGAGCCCAGAGGGGAGGCAUUCUCAAACAGCGAUCAAGAAGGGGCGCAGGUGGGCAGCCAACAACAUUUUUACAGGAGGUUAAAAGUUUCAGGAAAAAUACCAUUAACAGCAUCUUACCCAAAUGUCCUCCAACCCAUGAAAUGCCAAAAAGAUGGGGAAAAGGAUGAAGACUUUGGUGCUCAACUCCUUGCAAUACAGAUCGAGAUCCAAAGGCUUGACCAGCUGGUCACAAAACUUGAAGACAAAAAAAAGAGCUGCGAGAGGCUUGCUGCCAGAGUGACAGAGCUCACUGCCGAAAAUGAAGAGCUUAAGCGACGGCUGGCAGAGGCCAGUGGAAUAAAUGAGAGUCUGAACAUUAGGCUUGAUGGCUUUGAAAAGUGUAGAGAUGAGCUGAAGGAUGUGGAAGAGGACAUUCAAUCGAUACUGGGUGAAAUGUGUCCGAAAAACAGCUCAUCACAAAAGAGAGUAGAAAAAUACAAGGAGAAAAAGAGUCGUCAAACUGUGAAAGAUGUUUUGUGUGAAGCUGAGGUCAAGUACAGAUAUCUAAAGGAGCAUUAUGAAUUCAUCCUGAACGAAUAUGAUGCUGUGAAACAGUACACAAAAACCCUUGAAAAGGACAAGCAUGAUAUAAUCUUGGAAAACAAGAGUAUGGUGAAACUUCUGGAUGAAGCUAAUGAUGCCAAAUUGAGACUUCGAGAGGAGCUGAAUGCAAUGAAGAAACAGAAGGCUGCAGCUGACUUAAGAAAUGAACAGUUGGAAAGAGAACUCAGAAAUAUGAGGGAGGCUAAAGCUGCAAAAAGAUUAAUAAGCAAACACGAGGACCUUGAUCUGUUUGCAGGCAUCAGCAAUACAGUUGCGGUUAUGGAUCAAAAGUUAAAGACCAUGAAACAGGAAGAUGUGGCUGAACUUUCUUUCAAAGAUGUCGGUUGAGGAGGAGAGGCCUCAGAAUCUGGUGGAGUAUAAUACUUGCCCGAGCUGUUCCACAGACCGUGUCGCCCAGAAGCAUGAAGCCUUUUACGAACAGAGAUAUGCUGCUAAGAUCCAAAUCAUGGGAAGGCCAUGUGAGACCCCAGCUGGAGACAGAAAUCUUUAAAGCCGCGAAUUGCUGACCACACUUCAUCAGAGAAGGAUUACAAAAAGAAACCUGAAGAGAGUCAGUAGGCCAGUCAUCUCUGGCUGUGGAAGGUCCCUGGCUAUGCUUCAUGUUAUCACCAACCAUUGGCAUCCAAUGAUAGAGCGACAAAAUCCCAAGUGCAUUCAGUCAUUUCAUCCAUGUUCCAGCUGAGUUUUCCUGAUCAUGAGCCAUCCAAAUCACAAACAUCAUGGUGCAUAAUAAAGCCAAA